GAGAUGUUCUCUAUUUAAUUUUAAAAGAAUUACAAAAUGAUAAAAAAUCACUUUUUUCAUGCCUUAGAGUUAAUAAAACUUGGUGUGAAAUCAUUGUUCCAAUUUUAUGGAAAAACCCUUGGAAAUUUUUGGAAGAAAGAAAGUCACUCUGUAAGGUGGUUACUUUACAUCUAUCAGAUGAGACAAAAAAAAAUUUAAAGAGUCAAGGCUUUGAUUUUUUGACAAAUUUUUAUCAUAAACCUUUAUUUAAUUACAUUAGUUUUUGUAAAAUUUUAAAUUUAUAUGAUUUACAUGUAAUGGUUAAUACUUUUGAUCAUAUUGUUACAUUCCCAAACAUUAAAAAAGAGAUAUUUGAAAAAGAAGUAACGAGUCUUUUUAUCAAUGAAAAUACAAGGGUGAUGCAUCUUUAUAUAAAAAAUCGAUAUAAUAAUCGAUUAAAUACUAUUCCUGGGGCCAAAUACAGCUUUUCAGAACUUGAAUUUUUCAGUAGUAAUACUAACAUCUCUGAUAAUGUUAUAAUUGGAUUACCUGAAAUAUUUAAAUCAAUUAAAAGAUUAGAACUUGUUAUAGAGAUGAAAAACAACAGUUAUGAAUUCGUUAAGUUAAUCGAUAACAUAGAUAAAUUAUAUCAUAUUCGUUUAUAUUCCAAGCACUAUGCAGAAUAUGAUAAUGAUUCAUUUCGUAAAGCUCUUGAAAAUUCGUUGAUUAAGCAUGCAAAUACUAUACAAUAUUUUAAGACAACUAGACCACCUGUCACAAAUAUUCUUUCAUCUUUUGUAAAUUUAAAAAUAUUAAAAGUGAAAGGUUUUUCAAAUGAUUUGUCAUGGGAUUGUUUAGAAACAUUAUCCCUAUCAUUUUUACAAGUAUUAAAAACUGAUUGUAUUCCAAUCGAAAAAGUAUCAGCAUUAAUUGAAAAUACAGGGGGUAAGCUUAUUGAAGUAUCGAUUAAUGGUGGAUAUCAUGAUGAAAAUAAUAAUAAAAGACUCAUUCAAUCUAUUUAUAACAAAUGUAAAAAGAUUCAAUAUCUUAAAAUACUAAUUAGAAAUGAGAAUAUUUCGGAAUUAGAAAAGUUAUUAAUUGAUUGUCAAUAUUUAGAUGGAUUAAAUAUUAAUGGAAUUGUUAGUUUGUAUACCCAUGCUCCCGUUGAAAAGUAUGACUUUAAAGAUUUUGAUUGGAUUAAGGCAGAUAAGAAAGCUCUAAAAUCUUGGGAGUAUAAUUUUUGAAAUCGAUGAUAAAUAUAAAUCAAUGAGGAAUUACUAUUUACUACCAUAUUUAUAGUUUAUUUAUUUAUUUUUUUCAUAAAACCAUUUCUAUUAUGUAUUUCUCUAUUAUAUAAAUUAUAAUAAAGUGUAUUUUUUAUAUAUUUAACAUAACU